AUCGCAGCACGGUCAGGUCGUCCUGUCGCACAGGCCGAAUAGAUUUUUCCUUUUCUAUUUCUUUUUCGUCUUCUCUCGCUCUCUCUACCCUAUGUUGGUAAUCGCGGGGUUUAUGUUGAGCUUUUUAGCACAUGAACGGACAUCUCUUGGAGAAAUUUGUGAAGCUGAGAAUAGAACGAAGAAUGGCGCCGACCUUCGCUAUUAGGUGAAAGAUUUGUGGGCGCCGGCGAGGCGAAGGAGGAAGAAGAGGAAGGAGAAAGACUCGGGCUUGCUUGUUUUUGGUGGGAAUCAUGUCUCAGACAAACUGGGAAGCGGAUAAAAUGUUGGAUGUCUAUAUCUAUGAUUAUUUAGUAAAGAGGAAUUUGCAGGCCACUGCAAAGGCUUUUCAAGCUGAAGGGAAGGUAUCUUCGGAUCCUGUUGCUAUCGAUGCUCCAGGUGGCUUUCUAUUUGAAUGGUGGUCAGUUUUUUGGGAUAUUUUUAUUGCAAGAACGAAUGAGAAGCAUUCUGAUGUUGCCGCAUCAUAUAUUGAGACUCAGUCAAUGAAAGCUCGAGAGCAACAGCAACAGCCCCAGCAGCCUCCACCAACGCAGCAGCAACAACAUCAGCAGCAGCAACAACAAGUUCAGAUGCAACAACUUCUAUUACAGAGGCAUGCUCAGCAACAGCAGCAGCAGCAGCAGCAACAACAACAGCAGCAGCAGCAGCAGCAGCAGCAGCAUCAACAACAAAGAAGGGAUGGAGCGCAUCUCAUAAAUGGUUCAACAAAUGGGCUUGUUGGGUGUGAUCCUUUAAUGCGACAAAAUACUCCAACAGCAAAUGCACUUGCAACAAAAAUGUAUGAGGAGCGAUUGAAGUUCCCUCUUCAUAGGGAUUCUCUGGAUGACGGAUCAAUGAAGCAAAGAUUUGGAGAGAAUGUAGGACAGCUUUUAGAUGCCAACCAAGCUUCAAUGCUGAAGUCACAUGUGACAUCGGGACAAGCUUCAGGGCAAAUUCUACAUGGAUCAACUGGUGCCAUCUCUGGGGCCUUGCAGCAGGUGCAGGCUAGGAACCAUCAACAACCUGGUGGAAUACAGGAUAUCAAGACUGAGAUGAAUACAGUAUUGACUCCAAGAUCUUCUAUUCCUGAUGGACCAUUAAAUGGAGUUCCUGGAUCUACCCAGAGUGGAAACAAUUUAACUCUCAAAGGAUGGCCUCUCACUGGCCUUGAGCAACUUCGAUCUGGGAUUUUUCAGCAGAAGUCAUUAAUGCCAUCUUCCCAAACAUUUAAUCAGUUGCAAUUAUUAUGUCCACAACAGCAGCAGAUCCUACUUCAAACACAAAAUUUAAUGCCACAAUCAGCUGCAGACAUGGAGAGCAGAAGACUUAGGGUGUUGCUCGGUAACAGGACCAUUGGGCUUGGAAAGGAUGGCAUGGUGAAUUCAGUGAGUGAUACUAUUCCGAAUGUUGGAGCUACAAUGCCAGCUGGAUGUCCUGGUUUGCCACGUGCUGAUACGGACAUGUUGAUUAAGAAGAUAGCUCAGCUUCAGCAGCAGCAGCAAGGUGGUGGCCAACAACACCAGCAAUUGCAACAGCAUGCUAUGUCUAAUCAGCAAUCAAAUGGUUUAAGUCCUCAUCUUAGUCAACAAGAAAAAAUGGGCACUGGUACUGCAGAUGGAAGCAUCUCAAACUCCUUCCGAGGAAAUGAUCCGGCUACAAAAAACCAAACUGGUCGUAAGCGGAAACAACCUGUGUCAUCUUCUGGUCCAGCAAAUAGUUCAGGAACGACCAACACUGCUGGUCCUUCUCCAAGCUCAGCACCAUCAACACCCUCCACUCAGACACCUGGUGAUGUGAUGUCUAUGAGCUCAAAUAAGCCUCUCUUGAUGUUUGGCUCCGAUGCUACAGGAACUUUAACUUCUCCAUCAAAUCAGUUGUGGGAUGACAAAGUACAGGCUGACAUGGACAGGUUUGUGGAGGAUGGAUCAUUGGAUGACAAUGUUGAAUCGUUUCUUUCUCAGGAUGACACAGAUGCAAGAGCUGCUGUCGGUCGGUGUAUGGAUGUGACCAAAGGUUUUACCUUCAAUGAAAUUGGAGUUGCACGGGCAAGUUCGAACAAGGUUGUCUGCUGCCACUUUUCUUCAGAUGGAAAGCUUCUAGCAACAGGCGGUCAUGACAAGAAGGCGGUCUUGUGGUUUGCAGAUACUUUGAAGCCAAAAUCAACGCUGGAAGAGCAUUCAUAUUUAAUAACUGAUGUUAGAUUUAGCCCUAGCAUGCCAAGGUUGGCCACGUCUUCUUUUGACAAAACUGUUAGGGUUUGGGAUGCUGAUAAUCCGGGAUAUUCACUGCGCAACUUUACUGGGCAUUCUGCAUCUGUAAUGUCUCUGGAUUUUCAUCCCAAUAAAGAGGAUUUGAUAUGCUCAUGCGAUGGAGAGGGGGAAGUACGAUAUUGGAGUAUUACUAAUGGUAGUUGUGCAAGAGUCUUCAAGGGCGGCACUGCACAAAUGAGAUUUCAACCGCGUUUGGGACGAUAUCUAGCAGCUGCUGCAGAGAACAUAGUGGCUGUACUGGAUGUAGAAACACAGAGCCUCCUUCAUUCAUUGCAGGGGCACUCUAAACAUGUUGACUCAAUAUGCUGGGAUUCUUCUGGUGAUCUAUUGGCUUCAGUGAGUGAGGACUCAGUCCGGGUAUGGAGGGAGGGAGAGUGUGUGCAUGAAUUGAGCUGUAGCGGGAAUAAAUUCCAUUCGUGUGUGUUCCACCCCACCUAUUCAUCUUUGCUGCUGAUUGGCUGUUAUCAGUCGCUGGAGCUGUGGGAUAUGGCAGAGAAGAAGACGCUGACGCUUGCAGCCCAUGAAGGACUCAUUGCUGCUCUCGCGGCAUCAAACGUUAAUGGAUUGGUGGCUUCGGCCAGCCAUGAUAAGUUUGUUAAGCUCUGGAAGUAGUAAUUAAUACUCUGUCAUUUUACUACCUUUUUUAGGGUUAUAUUUAAAUAACUUCACACACAUCCAGGCAAAAUUUUGUGCAUUGUCAAGCUGCUAUCGUAAGGUUAUAACAUGAUUGCUUCUAUGCUCUCUGCUUGGUAAGAAA